CUAGUUCCGUAAUGCGCCUGCGCAGGCCACGUAAACGCUGUGUAAACUUUUGCCUAGCUAACCAUGGGAGUAACUAGCUAAAAAUGAUGAAAUAUUAAGAAACACUCUCAGCUGACGUGUGACUAAGAUGCUAUAUAAGUCCGUUUGAAUCCGUAUGUGAGCGUUAAAUCAUUUAAAGUGGACUUGAUAUAACUGUUACUUACAGGGAUGAAACGCCCAUCUAGCUAGCUAUGCUAAUGUUAAAGUAAGCGUUAGCAUUAGCCAAAGCUUGAAUGAGGAAGAGGUGUGCAAACUUUCCGACAACCGACUGAACUCGAAGUAAGCUCUUUUCAGGAUGCGGCGACAGAGGGGAUCCCACCUGGGCUUGAUGCUCCUGGCCUCCCAGCUGUUCCAGAUGGGUCUGGACAACAUCCCCCCAGUCACCCUGGCUGUCCUGGGACUCAACGUGUACCUUUACUUGUUCCCUGCAGCUCCACUGAUGCAGGCCUGUGUGAGUGUCCAGCAGGCCUACUGGUUUAAAGACUGGCGCCGCCUUCUGCUGUCCCCGCUGCACCAUGCGGAUGAUUUGCAUCUCUACUUCAACAUGGUGUCCUUCCUCUGGAAAGGUACCAAGCUGGAGCGCCGGCUGGGCGGCUCCUGGUUCCUCUACCUGCUGUCAGUCUUCUCUCUGCUCACCGGAGUGGUCUAUCUGCUGUUGGAGGCAGUUUUAACAGAGCUCACCCAGGACCAGUCCUACAGCAUGGCCUGUGCUGUUGGCUUCUCAGGUGUCCUGUUUGCUCUGAAGGUGCUCAGUAACCAUUACCACCCUGGAGGUGUCUCCUAUGUGAUGGGGUUCCCUGUGUCUAAUCGCUAUGUUAGCUGGGUGGAGCUAGUGCUGAUCCACGUGACAUCACCGGGGACUUCUUUGAUUGGUCACCUGGCAGGUAUCCUGGUGGGUCUGCUCUACACUGCUGGACCACUGAAGGCCGUCAUGAAGAAAUGUGCAGGGUUUGUGACAUUGAAUGGAUAUAACUCCCAGCCCAGUGGGUACUACAACUCUUCAGGCUAUUCAGGCUACAGUGGCACUAGUGGAGGAUACUCAGGAAACCAUCAGUAUCCACCAGACUACACAACAAAUUAUGGAUCAUCUUAUACAGGUGGACUGACGGAGCAAAAGCAGUUAGAGGCAGCCAUCAGAAACAGUCUUUAUGACAGAGGCCAACCCAGCCAAAAUGAAGCCCCUCCUCCCUAUGGGUUCCAUCUGUCCGAGGAGGCGAGAGCGGAGGACAUCCGGUUAAGGAGACUGAGGAGGUUUGACAGCUGAACUGCCAGGCAGCGGAAGGAAAGGAAAAAGGUGUAGGUGACAAGACGGAGGAGGAGUUCCCUCUUGAAGGCUGAGGAAGAGCACCCUGAAUGAGAAGGUCCAACAACUCAGACUGACAUGUUUAACAGCUCUUUAGCUGUGUGGUCUGUGUGCCUCUUCACAUGAGUCGUUACCAAAGAGUUAAUGUUAUCUAUGGAAAGGUUCUUUAAUGUUUACCAGAGCGUGUGUGUAUAUAGGCUUAUGAGCAGAUUAGGGUGGGCAUGUCUGACAAUGCAGCAAAGGGUGUAUGUAAUGUUUCUCAUGUCAUUUUCUCUUGCAACACCACUUAAAGUUCUGAAAUAGAUAUUGAACAUCAUAUCAAGUCCCUUGAAGGACAAUUCCGGCACAAAAUGAAAAUAAGUGUUAAUGAGACAUGGGUUCUGAGCCGACCGUUCUCUGGGAUAUGUUUUCAUGCUAAUCGCAUGUGACCAGUUUUAGCGCAAACUGCUAAUUAGCUUAUAGCGCUAGUCACCCGGGCAUGCAAAAGUAAAAAGAAACCGCCAUUUCUAUACCACUAACAAGGCUCAAAAUGGCUCCACACUUCAUGAGGGUCCCUACAUGUAAACCUAAGCAUUGAGAACUUUGUUAGUGUACGGACAGUUUAUUAAAGUUUAUAAAGACUGUACCGUUCUGUAUACCAAACAAUCAAUGCUUUGGUUUACAUGAAGGGACCCUCAUUGUGCUAAUGUAGACGUGUGGUGCCAUUUUGAGCCUUGUUUGUGGUGUAAAAUAGCAGUUUCUUUUUGCAUUUGCAUGCUGUAACGACAAGCUUCAAAAGAUAAUUAAGGGUUUGCACUAAAACUGGUCAGAUUUGAUUUGGCGUGAAAACAAAUCUCAGAGAACAGUCGACACGGCAUGUGUUAUUAACCCCUAGGUUCAUUUCCCACUGGAAGUUUCCUUUUUAAAGUAGUUUGUUAUGGCUGAAUUUCACCUAGAAUGAUCACCAAACAUGAUAUGGGCAGUAUUACUAUCCUAAUGUCUCAACUCUAUUUUUCUCUCUCUGUAUUUUUUUGGAAAAGCGUUAAGUUUUUGUAUUUUUAUAUAUAAAUAUAUAUAUAUAUAUAUAUAUAUAUUUUUAAACCACAUUGCCACCAUACUUCUUUAAACUUUCUAAAAAGUCACCACUCAAGCGGGACACUGGCUGUAAAGUUACAAAAGCAACGUCAAAGAUGUACAUUGCUGGCCCUGAUUCCCCUAAAGCCCUGAGGCAUGAUGGGAAGUAGGACAACUUAAAUUGGAGCCAGAAAACCCAGCGAGCCAUCAGCCCACACGGGUCUGAAAUCAUGCUGCAGGAGAUACGAUCGAACUGUACGUCCCGGUCCCUGACGUGUCAUCUUAAGUAGGAAACAGGGUUAAACAUCCAGCCUCGACGUCAAGCUAAUUUUAUUUAUAAACACCCCAAUAUCACAUGUAGAACUGUUUUUUGAAUCGGACAGAUUUGACAGCUUGCGUAGUUUAGUUUUGCAUGCUGCCGAGGGGAGCGUGGGAGCAGAGUGGAGCACGGGGCCCUGGCAGAACAUGACUGGGGGAGGCUGACGAGUGACGGAGGGGAUGACAGGAUGGGGACAGGGAUGACAUACUCCACACAGCAGGUACUUCCGCUGUAGUCUGUGUGCCUGAGCAUGAGUGCACAUUAAAGGUUUUUUUUC